GGGGUCACCCCGGGCGGCGCAGGUCAGGUGGGCAGAAGGUGGGGACUGGUGUAGCGGGAGCAGAAGAGGGCACGCGGGGGCGCCCCGGGAGUGAUGCGGCGAGCCGCGCGCGGCGGGUACCGGCAGAAGCGAGGCCGGGAGGGAAAGCAGGCGGAGGCGGCCCUCGGGGGCUCCGGGGCGCGCCUCCCCGUCCAGCAGCCGGCCGGCCCCGGCACUCGCGCGCCGCCCGCCCCCGCCGAGCCCGAGCCCGAGCCCCAGUCUGCGGGGCGAUGGAGCCAAGCGGCGCGGAGGGCGCGGCGGGGGACCCGUACCGGCGGCCGGCGCGGCGCACGCAGUGGCUGCUGAGCGCGCUGGCGCACCACUACGGGCUGGACCGCGGCGUGGAGAACGAGAUCGUGGUGCUGGCCACCGGCCUGGACCAGUACCUGCAGGAGGUCUUCCACCACCUGGACUGCCGCGGCGCCGGCCGCCUGCCCCGCGCCGACUUCCGCGCGCUCUGCGCUGUGCUGGGGCUGCGCGCCGAGGGCACCCCGGGGGAGGCGGCCGGCGGGGACGCGGGGGGCCCUGGGGGGGCCGCCGGCGGGGACGCGGACGCGGACGCCCAGGAGGAGGCGCGCCUGGCGCUGAGCGCCGAGCCCCCCGAGCUCACCUUCCGCCAGUUCCACGCGCGCCUGUGCGGCUACUUCGGCUCCCGCGCCGGCCCCCGGCUGCCCCGCGGCGCGCUCAGCGAGCACAUCGAGACGCAGAUCCGCCUGCGCCGCCCGCGCCGCCGCCGCCCGCCGCCCCGCGCCUCCAGCCCCGACGGCAGCCCCGACGGCAUCCCGGAUGGCGAGCGCUGGGCGCGGCUGCAAGAGGAGAACGGCAGCCUGCGCGAGCUGGUGGAGGACCUGCGCGCCGCGCUGCAGAGCAGUGACGCCCGCUGCCUAGCGCUGCAGGUCGGUCUCUGGAAGAGCCAGGCGGGCGCGCGGGAGGCGGGGCGCGGCGGGCCGGAGCCGGAGCCGGAGCCGGAGCCCGCACGGGAGCUGCGGCAAGCGAGGGGCGCGCUGGCGGCGGCCGAGGCCCGAGCGGGCAGGCUGCGCCGGGGCCAGGCAGAGGUGCGGUGGCGCGCGGAGGAGGCCCGGCAGGCGGUGCUGCGCAGCCUGCGGCGGGUGCGCGAGCUGGAGGCGCUGGCCGGGCAGGUGCCGGCUCUGCAGCGCUGUGUGCAGAGGCUGGAGAGCGAGCUGCGGCGCUACAGGUCAGAGGACACCCAGCCCCCAGCCUCAGAAGGCAGCCUGGGCCCAGAAGCCGGGAGUGGUGAGCCUGCAGAUUGUGCAGGGAGUGGCCCAGACACGCGCGCAGAGGGAGCUUCCUGCUCAGACAGCAGCUCCUCCCAGAGCAGAGCCCUGGAUAAAGCUCGUGCUUCUCCAGCAGUGGACGAGCAGCUCUUCCGCUCAGUGGAGGGCCAGGCGGCCUCUGAUGAGGAGAAGGAGGAGGAGGGAGAGAAGAGGCCACCAGCUGAGGUGAAGAAGCUGCUGGCUGGCCUCUCCAGCUGCGGGAGCUGGUGUGACGACCAGACGGCCAAGGUACUCCUGGCUUACUUCAGCCACUUUGGCAGCGCCGACCAUGCCCAGGCACUGGGGGAGCUGGACACUCACAUGGCCAUGCUGGUGGAGCAGCGGGGGACCCCUGACCACAGCAGGAAGACCCAGGGGCCACCUGGGGAGCAGGCAGCGCUGCAACAGAAGGAAGAAGAGAGUGAGCGCCUGAGGCUGGAGCUGCACAUGGUAGAGACAGAGAGGGUGCGGCUGUCCCUGCUGGAGGAGAAGCUGGUGGACGUGCUACAGCUUCUGCAGAGACUCCGGGACCUGAACAUCUCGAAAAGAGCUCUGGGGAAGAUUCUGCUGAGCACGCUGGAUGCCUGCAGGGACCUCACCCAUGAGGAGACAUCUGGCCCCUCUGCCAUCCUGGAUGCCCUGCACAAAGCCUUGGCUGGCUGUGAGCUCUUAAGGAAAGUGCCCCUGGCACCGGCCUCCGCAGCUCCUGUGCCCACCAACUCCGUCCUCAUCUCCUGUUGAGGCACUGGCCCACCCUGUGGCGUGUGUUCAGCAUGACAGCCAUCAAACCAGCCUUCAGGAUGAGCCUGACUAACCUCCAGGAUCUGCUGCUGCCACAUCCUGGAAAUGCUGGAGACCCCAGCUCCUUCUGAAUCUCUGGGAGGCCUAAGCCCAGAGUCCCCCCCCACCCCGCCCUGCAGUGCCUGGCAGCCAUCUCUCCCUUGCGCCCCACCCCCAGAUGCCCCUGUAGCUCCUGCGUUCCUGCCGCCAGAGUUCACUCAGGCCCAGAGGUUACUGGGUCAGUCUGUACCUGCUGCUGCACUUGCAGUGCAGGUGACACUCUCCUGCUCAGAAUCCCUUCCUAGACUCCAAGGGUCUCUUCUUGCCACACUGCCCCCCUCUUCCCACCAGCGUGCCUGCUGCAAGGACACUGUGCCCAACCUUCAGGCCACACCUGGGACUGGGGAGAUGACCUAGCCCCCGCAGUGGGGGGAACGCUAUAGGGGUGCUCCUGGUGGAGGCUGGCCUUGAACUAGCUCUGGCAGAGAGGUAGGAUUUAGAUGGGGAGAAGAGCAAAGGUGUUGUCACAAAGGGUCCUUGUUUAUAAGGUGCAGGAGUCCCUCUCCCCUGAACACAAAGUAGGUGCUAGACCUGAGGUCACAAGAAGGUCUAGGCGAGAACACUCAGUUCACCUGUCUUGAGCUCUCACAGGAGAGAAAGGUGGGCUGG